UCGUCAGAGUAUUGUGUCAAUUUAGAAAAAGUUUCAAACUCUUAACUAUAAAUUUAAACUAUUUAAUGUUAUAAAUUACUAUUUAUUUAAUAUAUAUAGUAAUAUUUAAGUCACUAUUUACUAAUAUUUAUCUGCAAAUUACAAUAUUUUAUUUAGUUCUCUAAUCUCUUGUACAUUGUUCAGUGGGCAGUUAUAAUAAUUAUAUAAAAAUGGAUGAGUGGAUUAAAGAAAACUUAUCAAGAAUUCUAGAUUUUGAAGUACCUGAAGAUCUAAUAAAAUACUUGCUUUCAAUAGAAAAUGAGCCAGAUUUAAGGGAGUACAUGAAAACAUUAAUUGAUUUUGAUAACCACCAACAUCAAACAUUUUUCACAGAUUUUUGUAAACGGAAAUUUCAGAAUAAUAAAGCAUCUUUGCCAAGACAGCCUAAAAAGAAAAUUUCAAAGAGCAAACAAAGUGAACCUUCCAGUACUGAAGUAAAAACAAGUACUUUGGAUGUAGAGACAGAGGUUACAAAUAAAAAAAAAACAAAAUAUGUUAAUCUUUAUUCCCAGGAAGGUAAAAAUGCUCAAGUGGUAUUGUUAAAAGGUAGACACCAUUGUGAUUGCCAAGCGGCAAAACAUGAGCUGGUGAACAACUGUUUGUACUGUGGUCGUAUUGUGUGCAAGCAAGAAGGAUCUGGGCCGUGCUUGUUUUGUGGACAUCUGGUUUGUACACCGCAGGAACAGAAAGAGAUCAAUUCAAAAACGAAAUCAAGCACUAAACUUAAGGAAACAUUGCUGGAGAAGAGUCGGCCCAAGGGGUGGGAGGCUGCGGUGUCUCACAGAAACAGACUGCUAGAGUAUGAUAGAACAAGCGAGCGGCGCACGCGCGUGACGGAUGACGACAGCGACUACUUCAGCGCUGGCAGCGUGUGGCUCAGCGCCGAGGAGCGGCAGAAACUGGACAAGUACCAGCAGAGCCUGCACGACAAGAAGCACGCGUCGCGGCUGUACAAGAAGAUGACCUUUGAUUUUGCUGGUCGGCAAGUUAUUGAAGAUAACAGCACUGAGCACGAUGUUGACGAGGCGAAAAUCCGCGAGAUAACACGCGGCGAGCAACCGCAGAGUACAAUGCUGAGUCCGGACUUGUUGAGCGAUAUGUCGAGCGACAGGGACGUCGCGCCUGGUGUUAACGCGCCCUUAUUGCAGUACAUCGAAGGAAUUGGUUCGAGUCUUUCCCGAUUGAGAUCAGACUGGUCCCGAGAGUCCCGUGUCCAGGACCCAGAGAUACAGGAGAUGAGCGAUACGGGACGCUGCCUGUCCAUGCACCAACCGUGGGCCUCAUUGCUUGUCGAGGGAAUUAAACUCCACGAAGGUCGCACGUGGUACUCUGGUCACCGCGGAAGGCUGUGGAUCGCGUCCACUGCCAAGCCUCCGGAGCCCACCCUCGUCAGGGAACUAGAGAAUAGAUACAGAGUGCUCAACCCAGACAAGAACCUAAAGUUUCCGACGUUCUACCCGACGGGCUGCCUGCUCGGCUGUGUACAUGUAGAUGAUUGUUUGCCCGAGGAAGAGUAUCAGAAAAUCUAUCCCGAGGGCGAGGGAGGCAGUCCCUACAUGUUCAUAUGCUCGAACCCCAUCAGUUUGAGACUGCGAUUCCCGAUCAAAGGGCAACAUAAAAUAUAUCAAUUGGAUAAGAGCAUUCAUCAAGCAGCAAUUAAGUGUAUUCAAAAAAUGUCGAAAAUAGAAGCCGAUCAAGCUAAUGCCGGGUGACUAACAUAGGAUGUUCUUGUGGCUUAAAUAAAAAUAUAUUGUUACA